GCCCUGUGCAGCGGUGCUGGAGCAUCACCGUUCUCUGCGCAAAUCCGACGGCCACGUGCGCCAGCUGUUGUCAAGCUGACCAAACUCGUCAUCCUCAUAUUGCAUGUUUCUUGCCUCACUGGACACCCGAAAGGACACGAAGCCCAAACCGCUACAUCUCUCAACAUGGUCGUUCCCGCGUCAUUAUCUCCGGCUUCUGUUGCCGAAUACAUCAUUAGUGUUUUGGAAGCGUCGGAAAACACGCCGUACAUUGGCGAACCCAUCUCCCAAUUACAACAUUCGCUCCAGUGCGCCAACCAAGCCGCGCUCGCCUCACCGCCCGUCGACGAGGCCACCCAGGUUGCGGCCCUUCUUCACGAUGUUGGCCAGUUCGCACCGGCAAAGGAUCUCUGGUCCCUGACCGGCGGUCGCGCGCAGAACCUCGGCGGACAGACAACGAACAGCAGCGUCGGGAGGGUCGGCCACGAGACGCUUGGAGCCAAAUUCCUGCUGGCACUGGGCUUUGCACCAAAGGUGGCGCGUUUGGUCGAGUCACACGUUGCUGCGAAACGAUAUCUCUGCGCCGUGGACGAGGAGUACUACGACAAGCUGUCGGACGCGAGCAAGAAGAGCUUGGCCUACCAAGGUGGCCCCAUGAGCGGGGCGGAGAAGGACGAGUUCGGAUCGGGCGCCUGGUGUCGCGAGAUGUGCCAGCUGCGUGUGUGGGAUGAUGAGGCCAAAGUCGAAGGCCUGGAAGUGCGGAGUUUGGAGAGCUGGAGGACGGCCAUCGAGAGACAAGUCACAGCAAGCUCAUAGAUGAAGUAGUGGAGGAUUCUCAAUCACAAUCCAAUUGUUGAAGCA